CUCUGAAGUCACUAAUUAACUCCUUUUUCCUAAAAGUAGUUGUACACCCUUAAAUCAAGCAAGAGAAUGCAUGAAACCUUGUUUUUGGUGCCGCCCAAUUCAUUCGCUUUGCUUCAUUAAGUUACUGUAACAUCUGGUUAUUAAAUUGAUUUGCAUGCUACCGAGUGUUUGAUUAAAUAGUGCCUAGUUGCCUAUGUGCGUGGUGAGUUGGUGACCCGCGCCCGCCGCGAGUCCGAGCGAGAGACGCGCGGAACCGGUCGCGCACCGCAUGUUGUGAAACGUGGAGAAUUCAAAGCAGCAUGUUUAGUUAAAAGUCAAAAUGCAAAGUGAAAACACAGCGGCUUUACUUCACACAAAUGAGUCAAGAACACGGCCGAAAAUGUCUGGCGGAGGGACAACCGGCGCGCUGCUGUACGCGGUGAGCGCGGCCGUGCUGGGCAUGCUGCAGUUCGGCUUCAACACCGGCGUCAUCAACGCGCCGCGCACCUUCAUCGAGAACUUCAUCCGCGACCAGUACUCCGCCACCGCCAACACCGGCCUCAUCUUCAGCGUCAUCGUCAGCAUCUUCGCCGUCGGCGGCAUGAUCGGCUGCCCCCUCGCCAGUUGGCUCGCAGAAAAACUCGGCCGAAAGAAAGCUCUGUUCCUCAACGCCAUUCUCGGCGUCGUCGGUGCUAUACUAAUGGGCUUCAGCCAGUUGGCGGGAUCUGUUGAAAUGCUCAUCAUUGGGAGGUUCAUAAUAGGAGUAAACUGCGGCUUCGCAACUACCGCCUCGCCGACCUAUGUAUCUGAAGUAGCCCCUCUCAGGCUGAGAGGAGCCUUCGGUACGGUGAACCAACUAGCAGUUGCCUUUGGAUUGGUUGGUGCUCAAAUACUCGGUAUCGAUGUGAUUCUAGGCAGCGACGCGGGCUGGCCGUGGCUACUGGGAUUAGCUAUUUUCCCAUCAGCUCUCCAGUGUCUCAUGUUACCAUUUGCGCCUGAAUCACCGCGAUUUUUGUUGCUAGCCGCCCACGACGAACAGAAAGCGAGGAUAGCUCUUACGAAAAUCAGAGGAACCACUGAAAUCAAUGAUGAGAUCAACGAUAUGCACGUAGAAGACCACGCUGCUAAGCAGGAGGAGAAAUUCACUAUUCCUGAUCUUUUCCGAAUUAGCCAUUUGAGGAAACCACUAUUUAUCGGAAUUGUUAUGCACUUGUCACAGCAAUUGGGUGGAAUUAAUGCAGUUCUGUACUAUUCUCAAACAAUUUUCGUUAGCGCUGGUCUAAACGAAGAGCCGGCUAGGCUGGCGACGAUUGGCGUCGGAAGCAUGCUGUUCAUUAUGGCCUUAGUAUCCAUUCCUCUGAUCGAUCGAUUGGGAAGACGCACGCUGCAGCUGACGGGUCUUGGUGGUAUGACCGUGUUCUCUAUCCUGAUGACGAUAGCUUUGCUGUAUAAGGACAAUCCUACGAUGAGUGUUUUCGCUGUGAUCUUUACAUUCUUGUAUGUGGCGUUAUUCGGCGUGGGCCCGAGCUCUAUUCCUUGGAUGAUAUUGUCCGAGUUGUUCGGGCAGGGUGCCCGGAGCGCCGCGGUGAGUGUGGGCGCGCUAGUCAACUGGUUCGCAAACUUCGUAGUAGGCCUAACAUUCAUUCCGAUGAGUGACGCCAUGGGUGCCUAUGUGUUCUUGCCCUAUACGGCGCUUCUAAUAUUAUUCUUCGUUUUCACAUACUUCAAACUGCCCGAAACUAAGAACAAGACGAUUGAAGAAGUCACAGCUCUCUUCAAACAGUAGGUAACCUCUCAAAUGCUAGACUUAAGCUACAUUCCUUAGGGUUAAGUUUCAUCGAUAUUGCAAUAAGUAUUUAGUCUUACUAAUUUUUACUACCUACCUACUUUUUUCUUUUAACUCAGGUUAAAUAGAAAAUCUUCACAAUACUGUGCUGUUGUCAAAAGCGAGUAUUUUUAAAGAAAUCUUGUAAAACAUGAGAUAAAAUUUUCCUUUACCAGAUCAAACCGCUGGGCUAAUGGUCGUAAAAUAACCAUUCUUUAAGAUAAGAUAAAAGAAAAUAACUAGAAACUUUGGCGUGGUUAAUACUUAUUGAUCGCUGGAUCAUCAGUUUCGCAUAAAUUAGAAAGACUGAGCCAUCACCAAAAUGUUUCUAAACCAAGUACUUACUAUGUAAUUUUAUAAAUAUGAGUAUUUUAGAUACGAAUUAAAUAAUAAUGUUUAGAAUUCAUCAAAAUAUUAUUAACAUCUAUCAUUUCUUAUAAAUUCGAUGGAUUUACCAUCCCCGUUUACAGAAGUACCUAUUACAGAUUUUUUAUAAACUUACUAAGUAUUAUUGUAUCCUAUCCCAUUCUAGCGUGUCCAAAGGUUUGUGGGCCAAAAGACAAUGCCGGAAAUUGGCGUCUUUUUUUUUUCGCGCGGCCAUCCACGAAACUUUGUUUUUUGAUUA